AUGUGUAAUGGUGACUAUGAGAAAGCCGGUGAAUCUAUUGUUCGAGCGAUAGAGCUGCAGAAAAAUUAUUUGUCGAUCGACAAAGAAAAUGUUCAUGAAUAUACUCUAACAAGUUUUAUUAACGCUAGUGCUAUUCUUUUCAAGUUAGGUGACGCAAGUAGAGCACUGAAACAGUAUGAGAUUGUGCUUAGCCUUUGCAACAGUUUCUUACCACCAACUCAUCCAAUUUUAACUGUUGUACAUGAACAUUUGGGUGUUGUUCAUAGCCAUAUCGGUAAUUCAAGCGAAGCCAUACAGCAUCAUGAACAGUCGCAUAAACUUCGAAUGCAGAUUUAUCCAGAUGGGCAUCAAGAGUUGGCACGCAGCCAUGCCAAUUUAGGCUGGCGAUAUGUUGAUAGCUGCAAUUAUGAUGCUGCACAGCAGCAGUUUGAAUGUGCGCUAUCAAUGCAUGAAAAAUUUCAAGCAUGGACGAAUUCAAACGCUCUAGCAAAUACACUCAGCGGGCUUGCCACUGUAUCUCGGCGUCAAGGCAAAUUAGAUGAUGCACUCAACUACUUAAAACAGGCAUCAAGCAUGAUCUCAUCUAAAGAGCAUCCCGAUGUCGAUCAGAUAGAUCUACAGAUGGGCAGACUUCUUAUCGACAUGAACAGGCAUAUUGAAGCGGAAGAAAUCUUACACGUGUUCGUGACAAGAGCAUCAAGUUGGAUAAUAAACUAG